AUGCGCCUUGCCUCCGCGGAAACCCCCUCAAUGGCCGACCAGCUCCCCAGCAUCAACUUUGGCUUUGAGGAGCUCCGACUGCGCAUGGCCCAGUUCACGGCGCGUUUCGACGACUUCAUCGACAAGGGGCGCAAGCGCGUCUUGGAGGAGCGCAAUAACUUCCGCAUGAAUGUCGCCGAGCUCCAAGAGGACCAGAAAAUGAAGAAGCGCGAUAUCGAGAUCCUGACGCUCAAAUCUGCCACGCACGCCCAAACCCUCGCGAAAGAGUCGGCCGAAACAGCAGAAAUGCACGCGGCUAUCACGACACUCACAGAGCAGCGCGACGAGCGCCUUGCUAACCGCGAUACCCUGAAAGCUCAGAUCGUGGAGGUUCAGAAGGCUGUCUCGGCUAGGCGGGAGGCGCAGCUGAAGCACCGACGCUACCUUGACGGCCAGGCGAGACACAAUGAACCGGAAUUGGAUUUCUGGGAGAACUACCUGAGCAUGAAGAUAGACGGGGCGGGCCUCCAAGACCGGAUCAAAUUCACUUUCAACAACAUCAACGAGAGGGAAUGGGAGCGGGAGGCUUGGUUUGAGAUUGAUACCUCGGAAAGAGAAGUCAGGGUCAUCCACUACCGGCCAAAGAUCGAGAAGGAGGAGGUGGACAGGGUACAGGAACGGUACAACGAGUGCAGAGAAUUCAGCGUUCUCUUGAAGGGGAUGCGCGAGCUAUUUAUCGAGGCGCUCAAAUGA